CCCGUGCCCGGCCGCCGUCGCCACCGCCGCCCCGGCCGACCGAGGGACCCGCCCGCCCGCGGCUAGUCCGGGGAAGCUCCCUGGAGUGGUCUUCACUGAUCUUUCUCAUGCCGUUGGGAAGCCUAGAAGAACUACUGGGACAGACAAGAGAAUAGACAUUUGUGGAGACAGCUUGUGUGUGCCUGAGAUGACCUAGAGGAUCAAGUCAUAAUGGGAGCAUUUUUAGACAAGCCAAAGAUGGAAAAGCAUAAUGCCCAGGGGCAGGGGAAUGGGCUGCGAUACGGCCUAAGCAGCAUGCAAGGCUGGCGAGUUGAAAUGGAGGAUGCACAUACGGCUGUGAUUGGUUUGCCAAGCGGACUUGAGACAUGGUCAUUCUUUGCUGUAUAUGAUGGGCAUGCUGGUUCUCAGGUUGCCAAAUACUGCUGUGAGCACUUGUUAGAUCACAUCACCAAUAACCAGGAUUUUAAAGGGUCUGCAGGAGCACCUUCUGUGGAAAACGUAAAGAACGGAAUCAGAACAGGUUUCCUGGAGAUCGAUGAACACAUGAGAGUUAUGUCAGAGAAGAAACAUGGUGCAGACAGAAGUGGGUCAACAGCUGUGGGUGUCUUAAUUUCUCCGCAACAUACUUAUUUCAUUAACUGUGGAGACUCGAGAGGUUUACUUUGUAGGAAUAGAAAAGUUCACUUCUUCACACAAGACCAUAAACCAAGUAAUCCGCUGGAAAAAGAACGAAUUCAGAAUGCAGGGGGCUCGGUGAUGAUUCAGCGUGUCAAUGGCUCUCUGGCUGUAUCGAGGGCCCUUGGGGAUUUUGAUUACAAAUGUGUCCAUGGAAAAGGUCCCACAGAGCAGCUUGUCUCACCAGAGCCCGAAGUCCAUGACAUUGAAAGGUCUGAAGAGGAUGACCAGUUCAUCAUUCUUGCAUGUGAUGGGAUCUGGGAUGUCAUGGGAAACGAAGAGCUCUGUGACUUUGUGAGAUCCAGACUUGAAGUCACUGAUGACCUUGAGAAAGUUUGCAAUGAAGUAGUCGACACCUGUUUGUAUAAGGGAAGUCGAGACAACAUGAGUGUGAUUUUGAUCUGUUUUCCCAAUGCACCUAAAGUCUCAGCAGAAGCGGUGAAGAAGGAGGCAGAGCUGGACAAGUACCUGGAGAGCAGAGUAGAAGAAAUCCUAAAGAAGCAGGGGGAAGGCGUUCCUGACUUAGUCCACGUGAUGCGCACGCUAGCCAGUGAGAACAUCCCCAGCCUACCUCCCGGGGGCGAGCUGGCAAGCAAGCGGAAUGUAAUUGAAGCCGUUUACAAUAGACUGAACCCUUACAAAAAUGACGACACUGAUUCUGCAUCGACUGAUGAUAUGUGGUAAAGCUGCUAAUCCAGCCACGGGUUCACCUUCACCUCCAAAGGAGAAGCCAGCUCGCCCUUGCCGAGCCUUUACCAUCCACCAUCGACUAAGGAAGGGGUCUGAUGUGGGCGAGGACUGCAGCCUCAGCGAUGGAACAGCUAGCCCAGAAUGGAUUUUUCUUUUUUUAUUGUAAAUUUGAGACUUAUGUAAGCGUGAUUUCAAACCGUAAUUCAUGUUGUAAAUCAGACUCCAGCAAUUUUUGUUGUAUGAUUUUGGUUUUUGUAAAGUGUAAUUGUCCUUGUACAAAGUGCUCAUAUUUAAUUAUGAACUGCUUUAAAAUCACUAUCAAUGAUAAAGGCGAUUUGGCUUGUUGUGUGACACAACAGAAAUACUCAUGCCGUGUUUGGACUUGGUUGCGAUAGGGAAAGCAGCAGCCACACAGCUGGAUGCUCCUGUGCACGUGAUUAUGAAGAUUCCAAAAGCUUGCACAGUUGUCCACCCCUGCAGGGUCUACGGAAACUGUCUCUGUGUUCUGUCAAGGACUGGCUCGUUGACACAGCCAUCCCUCUCACCUGUCUCUAGGAUGUCCGCGCCUCGUAGCCAAGAGUAUUACAGCUGAUCCUGUAUAUUCAUGAGAGUAUCUAUCCAUUUUGGGCUAACAUGCCUUGAUUCUCUUGCACCUCCUUAUGAGUUCUUACAUUUAAUUACUAAGUGGUAAGCAGCAUCUUCCUACACAGUAGAAGACUGCCACAUUUUUCCUAUCAUGAUUGGCUGGGCUUGCUGCUGUUCCUAGUAAGAUAUUCCGAAUUCCCAUUUUAUCAAUAAAGCUUGGUUUAACAAACAAGAAA